AUGAUUUACGAGCUGUACGAGAAAGCAGAUUUUGACAGUGUCACAGUUCAGUGUGUCGCCGUUGCAGCAUCCUUCCUCUUUUUUGUCUUCGUCUACGUAACUUCUCUGCUUCUAUCCAGUCCCACCUUCACUUUUCAACGACUCAGUAUACGUGAGAAAGUCUUCUGGAAUUUGACGGUAGCUCGAGGUGUCUUUGGAGCGUAUUCGUUCAUGUUCAGCUCGUAUUGUUUGAUGACACAAGACGAGUUGUUCAACGAUGUUGUAUUCGGUAAAACGAAGGCCAGUCUGUUUCUGGUGUCGACUGCAGUUGGAUUUUUUGCCUUUGAAUGUGUGGCUUUCUUUACAUCUGCGGCUAUGUUUGGGAAGAUGGAUCGAACCCUGGCUGUACAUCAUGCCCUUGCCUUGGUCAGCUUUAUUCGUGCUCUCUACUUGCAAAUCGCCCAUUUCUUUGCACUCUUUGCACUUGUACUAGAGAUGACUACCCCUUUUACUUGUAUAUGUUGGGGUCUCUUAAAAGCCAAGCUGAUGCACACACGUCUGUGGCUUGCCAACCAAUGGAUGCUUGUUCACCUCUUUCAUUGUCGAUCAUUGAUUGAGUGCUAUUUGUGGUACAAAUCAUGGAUGAAUUGGAACUAUAUUUGGACAAACAUGCCGGGUGAUGUUUUCUUUCUUCAGUUUUUCUCAAUGUCUGUUCUCAGCUUCAUCCUUACACCUUACUGGACAUACAAGAAGACAAUGCAGCUCCUUGAUCCAACUGACUGGAAUCAUCCACAGGUGGAGAAGAAAUCUGAUGUCCCUAAUGAUGACAGAGCUGAAGACAAAGACAAGACAAAUUAAAAGUGCAUACACAUUAGAGUCUUUGAUGCUAAUUUUUGGUAUUGUAUUAUUUUAGCAUUGUGGGAUUGAAAAGCAGGAUUGUUAAGUGCAGGAUAAUGACAAAAAAUGAUGUUAGUAAAGAUUGCACAUUUUGUUUGUAUCACAGACAAGGAAUGUGCAUUGUUUAAUGCAUUUUGUAUCUCUAAAU